AUACAAUCCAAUACAAUACAAAUUUUCAUGUCGGAUCUUGUCUCUCCAUUCAUGCUCUCCCCUUAUAUCCCAUAUACUUUCAUACUCUUCAGUUAAGACCUUGUAUUACUAGAAUCAGAUCUUCUCUUGGAACUUUCAUGGAAGUUAAUGUUGAUCAAGAUAACCAGCAGCACAUGGUUCAGACUCUGGAAGCCAUCAAGGGUGGUGGAGGAUCCAUCAAAGUUGGAAGUACCGGCACCAUCAAUGCGUUAAUGACAAGGGAACUACAAUCGAUCAAAGUGGCAUCUCCAAAAACAGCCUUAGAACCUACCGAUGCCGCUACAGAUACAAAACCGAAAGCAGAUGAAGCAAGCACUAGUAGCAGCAACACCAUGAACGAAAAACACACCAGCAUUCCCCAGAAAACCAAACACCACCAUACUAGAAAAGGUAGCAGAAAUCCUAUUCUCCAUCAUUCGGAUAGCGUAUCUGUUGAUGGAAGUGGAAGUCCUAAUAGAAGGAAAACCGACAAGAAGGGAUCUUGCAUGGUUGAAAUAGUGGACAUAAAAUGUGGAGUACCCGACAAGAACUGGGCGAAUCCGAUAACAAACAGGUUCAAGAAACUCAGUUUCUCCAAGCUUUCUGAAACCAAUGGUGUAAAGUAAACCUGCAACAACGGGGAUUCUGCUUUUUCAAAGUGGUUAGAACCUGUUCAUGAUAAUCUAAAACUAGUGAAUCAUUAGGAUGAGGCAUAGGCAUAUGGGAAUAAGUUGUUUAGUUGACUCUUUGUUUUUUCUUUAUGUAUGCACAAAAUUGCGAAUUCCGAUGGAAAGAUAUGAAAACAUGUCAUGUGAAGUUGUGAACAUGAAUGCAAUACAUGUUUUGUUCAUUAUGGGUUAUGACAAAGCUUGGUUGA